UGUGCCGGAAGAGCCCGGCAUAUGUUCAUUUCAGGUCGCGGUGUCGCCUUGGCUCAGAUCCCCGUUUGCUUUGGGUCGCGACCCGGGCUUGGCUCUUCACCAUGGUCCAGCUGACGCCUGCCCUCUGCAAGGCCUACCGCGGAGGCCACCUCACCAUCCGCCUGUCACUGGGAGGCUGCACCAACCGGCCCUUCUACCGCAUCGUGGCUGCGCACAACAAGUGCCCCCGUGAGGGCCGCUUCGUGGAGCAGCUGGGCUCCUACGACCCUCUGCCGAACAGCCACGGGGAGAAGCUGGUCGCCCUCAACUUGGAGCGGAUACGACACUGGCUGGGCUGCGGGGCACACCUCUCCAAGCCCGUGGAGAAACUGCUGGGUCUUUCUGGCUUUUUCCCUUUGCAUCCAAUGAUCAUCACCAAUGCAGAGAGACUUCGACGGAAACGGGCCCUUGAAGUCCUCAAAGCAUCUCAGAAAACAGAUACAGAAACUGAGGAAACAAAGGCAAGCUGAUCUCAGUGGUGCAGCAAAAAUAAGGUCAUUAAAAACCUUUUGCAGAGCUUUGGGACUUUUUUUUUUUCCAAAUCAAAGGAGCAAUAAAUCAUUAAGUUUUCUAAGUUA